GCCGUGAAGAUAGAAGCAUCAGCUGAGGAAGCAGCUAGAGCUAACAAAAGCUCCUCAGAGACGAGUGCAAGCAGCUCUCUAUCGAGGUCUCCCACUCUCACCUCUUCUUUCCCAUGGACAAGGCCACCAUCGCCGCUGCCCCUCCCGCCGCCGCGGGCGUCGCUGAUCCCCGCGCGCAGCCGCCGGAUCAAGAAGCAGCCGGGCAGGCGGCCGCGCGCCUCCGUUGCGCCUGCGGCGCGUGCCUCCGCGCCGCCACGCUCCUCCUCGUGGGCUACAGCUUCGCCGUCACGGCGUGGCGCUCGCGCCACGAGCCACGGGACCUGGCGUUCGUCACCGGGUCCUGCGCCCUCCUGGCGGCGCUCCUCGCGUGCCUCCGGCGCGCGGAGAGCCUGACGCCGGCGUCGCCCGCGGGGGAGAGGCGGCGGCUGCAGGCCUCCGUGUGGGCGCUGUCCACCGCCCUCAGCUGCGCGUUCGCCUACCGUGUGGCCGCCGUCAUGCCGCCCGUGCUGGCGGCGCUCGUGUGGUGCAUGACCGCGUCCGUCGUCCUCACAGGCUUCUUCAUGCUUGUGCUCUGCAAAGACCAACAGCAGUACCAAACCGUGGACAAUGUCGUCUGUGACGCUGCCAGAGAAGGCGAACCACUCGACAAGAUUAGCACUGCUGACGAAUUGGUGUAGGAACUAGCAACAAAACUGAUGAUUCUUUCCCAGAUAUACUUGCCGUAUCCUUCUAUAGCAUAGACAGAGUGUAUGUAGAGACAGAAUGUUGAUCAUCGUUUUCUGCUAAUGAAUUGGUCAUUUGUAUUAACCUUUUUUA